AUGGUUGCUGAGAGGUCAUUAACAAGCUUACGUCUGCCAUUUUUAUCCAUGCCAUCCACUCCUCUACCUAUGCCUUCUAGCUGGUACUUUAUGCGGUUUUUUCAGAUUCUUGUCAUGGUCAGCUGUCGCAUAGAGUCGCUCAAGUUUGAGGCAAUUAAAGACUGCGCUUUCUUGAGAUUCCAAGUCUGUGGUAUUCAAGGCAAUCUAUUUGAUGGCUUGAAUAUAUGGGAUUCGCAGUCUACAAAUAAGCCAAGAUGCUUUUUGCAAUUCUUGUCACUUUUAAAAACACACACAGAACAAACUCUACAUGUCUUUGAUGAGUACUUUAUUUCUCUCGAGCCCGAUUUACUGGAUGCGUUUCAGUCAUUGCAAAGCGAAAUGUGUUUAAAGCAUGAGUUGCGUGAUGGCAUGAUACGACUGUGUGAAUCUUUCUCUGUCCAAUCCCAGGUGUAUGAUAUCUUGCGUAACGCAGAUCCAAAUCCAGAUGUUCUGUUUCAGGAGUAUUUAGACUGUCUUGAUUUGGGAUCUAUCAAUGGACAUCACGGUAAUAUCAUUCAAAAUAUAUGGGAGUGGUUUGAUCGCAAACUUUCUCCUCGGGAUGUGCAGUGUCUGAGAGUAGUGUUUGCUGAAGCCGAGGUUUCACAAGAGUUUGGUAUAGAUCAGGAUGUCAUGGCCAAAGCACGACAUCUUAUUUCCAACGACGCCAUCUACCUUGGCAUAUUGUCGACGCUAACACAACACAACACUCGCAAUAUACCCUGGAGUGAGACCGUUGGAACUAUUCAACAUUUGGUAGAUGGACAUAGCAUGGGACUAUGGGAAUCACUAGAAAAUCUAUUUGACGAAUGGCGUGGUGUUCCAUUGUCAUUACUACAACUGCUGACGAGUCAUUUACAAAUGCAUCCAUUUACAUUUGAAAUAGUAGGUCAACAGGGUGAUGGAGAUCGCACAGAAGAACCUGACCCUUUGGCUAUACCACCCAUUGGUGACGGUGAAUAUAUCCAUCAAGUUGAGGAAGGCUUUAACGAACAAGAUACUCGAGAUGGUUUUGUAUCUGAAGGUUCUUUUGGAACUGAUUCGGAUAUAGAUAAUACAGGUCGCGACUCGAAUAGGGAAUAUGACAUUGACGGAUGUGUAAGCUACGUAGGAGAAGAUUUGGGACAAUAUAGAGAUCAAGAUAUCUCUAGUAUGUACAAAUACAGGGAUACCGAUGGUGUAGCUAUGAAUGAGAUUUUAGAAGAAUCGUAUUGCUGGGAGGAUCCAGCAGGUCGAUAA